CUGCCGAAGAAGAAGACGUUUCCCCGGAUUCAGAAGAGGGUCAUAUCCGAGUUCGAGGAGAGUGAGAUUGUAAAUAAUCUGUGAUUAGAACUACUGUUACUGUUUUUAAAGCACUAGACAUCGCGUUCAGCAUAGUAACACCUAGCUAGCUGCUAACUAGCAGCUCAGGAGUCACUGACACAAACAGCCAGCAGGUUGAAAGCUAACGUUAGUGAGCUAACGUUAACUAGCGAGCCGCUGUGCCAGUCCGGCUGAGAACAACGAGCCAGUAUGGACUCCUGGGUUCGGUUUAACGCUCAAAGCCAAGCCAAGGAGAGAGUUAUCAGGGCCGCCCAGUAUGCCUGUACUCUGCUGGGCUACACUCUGCGGAAGGGCGGGGCUGCGGCCGAACUCCACAAAACCGUCAGUCAGCUGGAGGCGCACAUGAGCCUGACGAGAAAGCUGCUGCGUCUGGGGAACUCAGUGGAGGCGCUGGAGGCCGCCAAGAGGGCCAUACACCUCUCUGACAGUGUGCUGAGGCUCUGCCUGACCAUCAGCCACCUCAACAGAGCCAUGUACUUUGCCUGUGACAAUGUCCUGUGGGCGGGAAAAACAGGCCUCAUCUCCAACCUGGACCAGCAGAAGUGGAGUCAGAGGUCUUUCAGGUACUACCUGUUCGCUCUGAUCCUCAACCUGACUCGAGAUGUGUACGAGCUCCGCCUCCUCAUUGAGUGUGAGGAGAGGUACAGAGCCUCCAAGUCCCCACCCUCACCAUACCCCAGUGCCGCCCUGCCCAUUGACCACUUGUCCUCCCCCUCCUCCUCGGCCGCCGCUCCGGCCGCCGCCGCCGCCGCCGCCUUGCCCGUCAUGUCUACGUGGCUCCGCAGGCGGCUCCACCUGCUGGUGACGGUGCUGUACAGCAACCCGCCACUGCUGUUGGACCUGCUGAAGAACAGUUGCGAUAUCUUCAUCCCACUGGACCGGCUGGGCAUCUACCCCACGGGGCAGGGCUUUGUCGGGGCUUGUGGACUGGCCUCCUCUGUCCUCUCCAUCCUCACCAUGGUUCACCCCUGGCUCAAACUGAAGCCGUGAACCCAGAUACACGUUGGAGGGGGGUCCAUCUGAGGAGCCACAGGGAGGGCUGAGAUCAGACUCUUAACUAAUCUGAUUGUGAAGACAGCAGCUGAUGUACUGUGAGCACAUUGUGAAUUAGUGGCAGGGUGUCCAAAUCCUUCAAGUCUUCAAAGUAAGUGACGGGUUGCAUCCACGAGGACCGUUGAAAACCUGACAGCUGUGAGCCAGGUCCACACAGUGGACGCUGCGCAGAGCCCACUGUCUUCCCCAUGUGUCACACUCAUAAAGCUAGCCACCAUCCACAUAUCACUGUCUCCCAGGUGACCCUUCCUAAGUCCCGUCCCUUUUUGGGCCUCGGUCAACUUCCUCCUUUCCUGUACUUAGAUAUGCUAUGUGCUAGGCUAAUCUAUGUUGGAAAGACCACCACAUUUUGAAGAUGGCUUAAAUGUUAAGUGACAUAUAUAUUGUUGCAUUUUAGCAUAACUGUUAUAGCUAACAUUAGCUAUCAGAUGUAACUAACGAUUAAUGUAGAUUAGCUCAUUCCAGUGUUAAUAUUAGCUAAUGUAAGAUGUGACUAUAAAUGUAAUUUCACUUAACCCUCUUCAAAAUGUAGUUGUCUUUUCAACAUAGCACUAGCACGUAGCACAUCAAAGCACAGGAAAGGAGAAAGCUCAACUGUUAUUGGAGCAUAUAGCAAAAAGGGGCAGUUUAGGAAUGUUUAACACUCUGUGGAACACGUCCACUUUUUCGAGCCAUGAAGUGACUGCACUGUCACACAGAUGCAGGAACAGGAUAUAUCUGAAGCUCCACACUAAAGGAGGAGGUUCUGCUGCUUUAAGGGCUGUGGGGUUCAGGUCUCAAAUGGCUCACCUUACUCAGAUCAACUAGAAAUUAGGUGUGUAUAUAUAUUUUCUAACAUAAUCUGUAAUAUCACCACCAUCACUGCCUGUUCUCACCAUUCUGACUGGACUUCUCACCAUUAAACAGAACUUAUCUAGAGCCAAGACAUUUUUCUUAAUCAUUAGUAAAAACUAUUCCUGUUACCCAUGACCGCUUUUCAUCAGUUAACAUCUACGCUAUGUUGACAUUUGGGAACCUUGACCUGAACAUGUCCAACAGUAUCGGGUCAAAUUUACACGAUCUAUGCACUUGUGUGCUUUAAUCCAACCUGUUAAUAUUUCACAUGUUCGAUUUUGCCUGUAAUAAAGAGCUUGACUGUU